AUGGAAUGCUCGGCUCCCACUAAGUGCACAUUCAGCUGUACAGGGGGAAAGUGUGCAACAGUUGUAUGCAAAGCUGAUACUUGUGAACAGAGUUGUACUGGUGGUGGGUGUGGUCUGGAAUGCCAUGGAAGCAGCUGUGACCAAAGUUGCACAUCAGGCAAUUGUCAGCUGCACUGUCCGAGUGAGGGAGAGAAAUGUGAUCAGUGGUGCUUAAUCGACAAAGACCAGUGCACCAUAGAGGAAACUGCUCCUGAUGAGUGUAAUGGAGGCGUGGAGGAUGGCGUAUGUUAUCAGUUGUGCAACCUAGGGGGCUGUGAUAUGGAAUGCUAUGAAAAUUCGUUAUAUUACCAUUCCUGUGAGCAAUCCUGCACUGGUAUGUUUAAAGGUUCUGAGUGUAUGUUAUUCUCUUAGUUUAUUUAUUAUUGUUGCUUCUAUCAUUUCUUUUUGUUCACUAAUGUGAAAUGAACCUCUAACUUCACAAUACUUACCAAUGUACUCACAAAAACUUCGCGACAUGUGUACGCUACCUCUACUAUAAACGAUUGAAAGUCUAAGACGAAGUAGCCUGCGAACAGCAGACGCAUUUCCGGUCGUCUCUUCUCUCCCUCCGAAAAAUAGCGUCGCUAUUUUUCCGAGGGAUAGAAGCGACGACCGGAAAUGCGUCUGCUGUUCGCAGGUUAAACACGAAGUCAUCUUUAUGCUAUUGUUUAUACAGGCAAAGCCACCGGAAGAAAUGAACUUACAUUUUUUAGGUCUGGUAAAAAAGGUUCUCGUAUUUUGGGGUAAUUACUGGCAAUUAAGGAUAAGUAGGUCCUUAUACGCUCGUAUUCUAUGAAGGAUAUAUGAUAUAGUUGACUAUCACAAACAUGAAAAAACUGAAGUAUACAGUAUUUAUUCAUACCUGCACAUUGCAAACUUCCUUUACGUAAGGUCUAUAUGAAGACAGUUACAAUCUGUUCUUUUUAUAAACCUGUCAGUUUCGUUGUAGGAAUAACUGUAGCCUUACUGUAAUACUUCUAUUUGUAAUUACAGUUUGCUGCAGCAUUUUCUUGUAAUGUCAGUUGGCAAUCUUGAAGUAAAAUUCCUUGGUUAAAAUUCGAUAAAAUGUUUAUCAUAUUAUUUACCUGUGACUCACAUAUAAGAACCAAACCCAUUUUGCAUGGCUAAACAGGCUUUUAUGUUUUUGGGUAUUUAAGUGCCAGAUUUUUCCACCAGGUUCUUAAACUUCUAGGUUCUUAUUAGCCGAUGAUUACCGCAGUAUUUACAACCCCGUAUUUUUGGUAUGUAAAUGUGGCAUUUACCAUCUUUGCCCCAGAUUCACUCCUCAGUUUUUACAUUUUUUCUACAUAUUUGGUGAGAGCAAAUUUGUAAUCAUCAUCAUCAUCAUCAUCAUCACCAUCAUCAUAAUAACAAUGAUAAUAAUAAUGCUAAACAAUAAUGAUGAUAAUGAUAAAAUUAAGUUAAAGCAAUGCUAUAAGGGCAUACCCAACUGUUAGACUGGACAGUGCAUGUUCUUUCAGCACUGCGUCUUAAAAUAACAAAUUCCUGUGUCAGAGGGACAGGGAAACGUUUACUGCGUUUAAAACUUUUAUUUCAUUUUAUCUAGAAGGAAAUUGUAACAUGGAAUGCUUGGCUCCCACUAAGUGCACAUUCAGCUGUACAGGGGGAAACUGUGCAACAGUUGUAUGCAAAGCUGAUACUUGUGAACAGAGUUGUACUGGUGGUGGGUGUGGUCUGGAAUGCCAUGGAAGCAGCUGUGACCAAAGUUGCACAUCAGGCAACUGUCAGCUGCAGUGUCCGAGUGAGGGAGAGAAAUGUGAUCAGUGGUGCUUAAUCAACAAAGACAGGUGCACCAUAGAGGAAACUGCUCCUGAUGAGUGUAAUGGAGGCGUGGAGGAUGGCGUAUGUUAUCAGUUGUGCAACCUAGGGGGCUGUGAUAUGGAAUGCUAUGAAAAUUCGUUAUAUUACCAUUCCUGUGAACAAUCCUGCACUGGUAUGUUUAAAGGUUUUGAGUGUAUGUUAUUCUCUUAGUUUAUUUAUUGUUGUUGCUUCUAUCAUUUCUUUUUGUUCACUAAUGUGAAAUGAACCUCUAACUUCACAAUACUUACCAAUGUACUCGGAAAAACGUCGCAACAUGUGUACGCUACCUCUACUAUAAACGAUUGAAAGUCUAACACGAAGUAGCCUGCCAACAGCAGACGCAUUUCCGGUCGUCGCUAUUUUUCCGAGGGAUAGAAGCAACGACCGGAAAUGCGUCUGCUGUUCGCAAGCUAAGCACGAAGUCAUCCUUAUGCAAUUGUUUAUACAGGCAAAGCCACCGGAAGAAAUGGAUUUGCACAAAUUCGCUCUCGACAAAUACAGUAAACACCCGCGUACAAGAACUUACAUUUUUUAGGUCUGGAAAAAAAGGUUCUUGUAUUUUUGGGUAAUUAUUGGCAAUUUAGGAUAAGUAGGUCCUUAUACGUUCGUAUUCUAUGAAGUAUAUAAAUUAUAUGAUAUAGUUGACUAUCAGAAACAUAAAGAAACUUAAGUUUAGUUCUUAAGUAUACAGUAUUUAUUCAUAACUGUACACUGCAAACUUCCUUUACGUAAGGUCGAUAUGAAGACAGUUACAAUCUGUUCUUUUUAUAAACCUGUCAGUUUCGUUGUAGGAAUAACUGUAGCCUUCAGUGUAAUACUUCUAUUUGUAAUUACAGUUUGCUGCAGCAUUUUCUUGUAAUGUCAGUUGGCAAUCUUGAAGUAAAAUUCCUUGGUUAAAAUUCGAUAAAAUAUUUAUCAUAUUAUUUACCUGUGACUCACAUAUAAGAACCAAAUCCAUUUUGCUUGGCUAAACAGGCAGAGGCGUAGCGUCCUUUACGCAAAUACGCAAGUGCGUACCUGAGAAAUUGGUAAGGUUUUUUUAAAACUUUUCUGUUAUAAGUAAAAGCCAUUUAUUCUCUAUUUUCCAAUUGCCCAUAAUACACUCUGUUUGCCCCCCAAAUUCUGCAUAAACCAUUGUUUUUAAAUGCUCCUGGGAGUAUUGCAUUUUCCCAAGAGCAUUUUAAGACAAUAAGUUAUGCAAAAUUUGGGGGGCAAACAGAGUGUAUUAUGGGCAAUUGGAAAAUAGUCAAUAGUGUCGUGACUUAACCUUGUAUUGUGCAAAUUUUUUCCUGUCUGUAUAUGUAUUCCCCAUUAUUUUUACACCCAAAAAAACAACAGUUUGAGAAGUGGAAUGUGAUAAAUUUGAAACAUUUUUCACAGUACAUUACGUUUUCAUGAAAAACGAAGGGGGACUCGGGAAAUUCAUGCAAACACAUUUGUCGCCACAAAGAAUCGACUCUGACUGAUUAUAAUUCCUUUCAAGAUUUAUCUGGAAAGUUUUUCCAUUCAAAAGCUAUUGAUUUUUUUAAUUUCCUCUCUCCCUAUAAAUGUCGAAAAAGUCUAGCAAUUAAUAUUACUUUAAUGUCGUUCAACUGGAUUAUCAUGGACCAGACCAGGCGGAAAAUUUACACAGCCACGCACACGUCGCAAGGCUUUCAACCGAUGCAUUUAAACUCCAAAUUUCUGCACAGAAAAAGUACACUUUAAGUGGACAUUUUUCUUCAGUGACAGGCGAAAAAACAAAAGCGACAGUAGAGCUAAUCUUUUAUUCUUAACAUGAAAUGUUUUGCUAAAUUUUCUUUUAGAAUUUGAAGGAAACAUCUUAUUUGAAACGACCUGAAACAAGUUUUGAAUUCCGUGUGAAUUAUUCAGUGCUUUGGAAUUAUUUAGCGAAGGCGCCUCGCCUUGUGCUUGUAACCAUUCUAGUACCAGCAGCUCAAAGAAGAACGUUUUAAAAGCCUUUUCAAUGUCACGUUAUAUUAUAAACAACCCUGUAAACUGCCGAAAUAUGUAUUAAAGGAAAGGCCGCCCCCCGAGGGAGGGGGGGGGCAGGGGCAAAAACUUUAUUUUAUACAAAGUUUUUGAGACCAUAUGGACCCGUGUGCGUAUAUGCCAAAAUGGUCACGCUACGCCCUUGACAGGCUUUUAUAUUUUUGGGUAUUUAAGUGUCACAUUUUUGCAACCAGGUUCUUAAACUUCUAGGUUCUUAUUAGCGGAUGUUUACUGCAUUAUUUACAACCCCGUGUUUUUGGUAUGCAAAUGUGGCAUUUACCAUCUUUGCCCCAGAUUCACUCCUCAGUUUUUACAUUUUUACUACAUAUUUGCCAAGUGAAACAUUGUAAUCAUCAUCCGUCAUCAUCAUCAUCAUAAUAAUAAUAAUAAUAAUAAUAAUGCUAAACAAUAAUGAUGAUAAUGAUAAAAUUAACUUAAAGCAAUGCUAUAAGGGCAUACCCAACUGUUAGACUGGACAGUGCAUGUUCUUUCAGCACUGCGUCUUAAAAUAACAAAUUCCUGUAUCAGAGGGACAGGGAAACGUUUACUACGUUUAAAACUUUUAUUUCAUUUUAUCUAGGUGGAAAUUGUAACAUGGAAUGCUCGGCUCCCACAAAAUGCACAUUCAGCUGUACAGGAGGAAACUGUGCAACAGUUGUAUGCAAAGCUGAUACUUGUGAACAGAGUUGUACUGAAGGUGGGUGUGGUCUGGAAUGCCAUGGAAGCAGCUGUGACCAAAGUUGCACAUUAGGCAACUGUCAGCUGCAGUGUCCGAGGGAGGGAGAUAAAUGUGAUCAGUGGUGCUUAAUCAACAAAGACCAGUGCACCAUAGAGGAAACUGCUCCUGAUGAGUGUAAUAGAGGCGUGGAGGAUGGCGUAUGUUAUCAGUCGUGCAACCAAGGGGGCUGUGACAUGGAAUGUUACGAAAAUUCGUCAUAUUACCAUUCCUGUGAACAAUCCUGCACUGGUAUGUUUAAAGGUUCUAAGAGUAUGUUAUUCUCUUUAUUUAAUAUUGUUGCUUCUAUUUUGUAUUAAUGUGAAAUAAACCUCUUACUUCACAAUACUUACCAAUGUACUCACAAAAACGUCGCAACAUGAGCACUACCUCUUCUGUAAACAAUUGAAAGUCUACCACAAAGUUGCCCUUAUGUUACUGUUUAUACAGGUGAUGCACUAUAAAGCUGAGGAAAAUAAACUCUGUGCAGUGUUUAUGUGAACUGUUAGUGUCCCUUACAUAACAUAGUAACUUUUAAAUGCAUGCUGUUAUGCUUUGUUCUCCGGUUUUUUCAAACGUUUUAUGUCCCCACCACAGAUAAUUACAGUAAUAAUAACAAAACAACAACAACAACAAUGAUAAUGAUAAUGAUAAUAAUAAUAUUAAUAAUAAUAAUAAUAAUAAUAAUAAUAAUGAUAAUAACGCCGUUUUGCAAUCAGGUAUAUAUACGAUGAGUAUCACUUCUGACUUUCCAUUUUUUUAGUUGGAAAUUGCAGCAUGGAAUGCUCGGCUUCCACAAAGUGCACAUUUAUCUGUACAGCGGGAAACUGUGCAACAGUUGUAUGCAAAGCUGAUACUUGUGAACAGAUUUGUACUGGUGGUGGGUGUGGUCUGGAAUGCAAAGCUGAUACUUGUGAACAGAUUUGUACUGGUGGUGGGUGUGGUCUGGAAUGUAAAGCUGAUACUUGUGAACAGAUUUGUACUGGUGGUGGGUGUGGUCUGGAAUGCCAAGGAAGCAGCUGUGAGCAAAGGUGCACAUCAGGCAACUGUCAGCUGCAGUGCCCGAGUGACGCAGAGAAAUGUGAUCAGAGUUGCACAAUCAACAAAGACCAGUGCACCAUAGAAAAGGUUUAA